AUGAGACGCCCCAAAAUUGCUCUUGUUGGCGGCGGCCAAAUAGGCGCCAUUUUAGCGUUUUUAUCUUCGCUGAAGGAGUUGGGAGACGUGAGCAUUUUCGACGUUGUCGAAGGUUUGCCUCAGGGGAAAGCUUUGGACCUUUCCCAAGUGGGGCCUGUGGAGGGAGUGGACACAAAAGUUUCGGGAUCAAAUCACUUCUCCGCGCUGCAGGGCGCAGAUGUGGUCAUUGUGACUGCCGGCGUCCCGCGCAAACCCGGCAUGUCGCGGGACGACUUGCUGGCCAUAAACUCCAAAAUAGUCGCUGAUGUGGCGGAGGCAAUUAAAAUGUACUGUCCAGAAGCUUUUGUGAUUUGCAUCACCAACCCUUUGGACGCGAUGGUGCAGCUGAUGCGGGAGCGCAGCGGCCUCCGCAGCCAAAUGGUAGUCGGAAUGGCCGGCGUUUUGGACUCUGCGAGAUUUCGCCACUUUUUGGCGCAGCGGCUGCGGGUCUCAGUCGCAGACGUGCAAGCCAUG